AUGGCCGAGAGUCCAACUCCAGGCCCUUCGGCACCGAAGCGGCUUAGAAUUAAGAAUCCCAAAGUUCUUACUGAAGAUGAACUGCGUGCAUUAGCAUACUUAUCAAGCUCGAGUGAUGAAGAGCCAUUUCCGGACUCAGGCAGCGACUGGAGUGGCGCAUCUGGAAUAUCCGACGAACGCCAAGAUGCAAUGUCUACUGCCUCUCAAAGCGAUAUGGAGCUGUUGGAUGAUGUGGCAAAUGAACAACAGUUAGUAUGGAUAGAAUACCCCCCAAAUCUUAGGCAAAUUGAGUUUACUGGAAAGCAACAAUUAAAUGUACCAAUACCUGGUGAAGGGAAACCUAUUGAUUUUUUUUUACUCCUGGCUGAUGACGAGUUCUUUGAAAUUUUAGUGCAACAAACGAAUAUUUACGCAGAACACGUGCUACUAAACGAAUCGUCUGGACCCAACUCUAGGAUUAGUCGAUGGAAACCUAUAGACAAAGAAGAAAUGACUAUGUUCUUGGGGUUGACAAUUUUUAUGGGAAUUCUUCAAUUACCUAGAUUGCGAGACUACUGGCGUACCAAUCGUUUUCUCAAUUUGCCCAUCAGAAAAUAUAUGAGCAGAGACCGAUACUUAAUUAUUUUGCGGUGCUUACACUUUGUAGAAAAUUCUCAAGAUUUGAAAAGUGGCAGGCUAUACAAAGUUCGGCCAUUGCUCAACUUUUUCAACAAUAAAAUGGAAUCGGUUUAUUCCCCAGGCAAGAACCUUUCAAUAGAUGAAUCGAUGCUUUUAUGGCGCGGUCGCCUUGCGUUCCGACAAUACAUAAAAAAUAAAAAACACAAGUACGGCAUUAAAUUUUAUUUGCUCACCGAGUCAAAUGGCAUUGUUUUAAAUAUGCAAAUAUAUACUGGGGUACUUGAUGAUUUAGGUGGUAAAGGACAUGCUGCUAAUGUGGUCCUGCAUCUUAUGAGAAAUUACUGGAAUAAGGGAUACAGCCUAUACAUGGAUAAUUAUUACAAUUCUGUAACCCUUGCCAGACAACUGUUAGAGAAAAAUACGUACUGCACGGGUACUUUGCGGGCGGGAAGAAAGGAAACUCCAGAAGAUGUAAGUAAGGCGAAACUAAAGCCUGGCGAAUCCGUUCAUCGAUAUGGAGGAAGUGUGUGUGUAGGUAAAUGGAAGGAUAAACGGGAGGUACUCUAUAUUACUACGGAGCAUGAAAAUACAAUGGAAGAAGCUUUGUCUAGAUUUGGCACCAAUAAAAUUAAACCAGCCCCAAUCAUGCAAUACAACAAAUAUAUGUCGGGUAUAGACUUACAAGAUCAAUUGCAGUCCUACUAUCCUUCCCAUCGUAAAACCAUACGAUGGUACAAAAAAGUAGGAAUUCAUAUUAUAGAGACCAUGUUAUAUAAUUCCUAUAUGUUAUACGAAAAAUAUUCUAAACCAAAGAUGUCGUUCCUAGAGUACCGUGAAUCAGUAGUUCAUGCAAUGGUACCAGAAAUUAAAGCCAAAGAGAAGCCAGGUCCAUCCACAGAAAACCCAGGGUUUCAACAUGGUCCAUCCAAACUAGAAAAAGGCACAGGUGAUAGAAGACUGCGCAAAAAAUGUCGAUGGUGUUCAAAACGUGGAGUUCGUAAAGAUACAAGCUUUUGUUGUAAGAGUUGCCCGGAACUACCCGGACUGUGUUUAGAUCCUUGCUUUAAGGAAUAUCAUAAUAAUCUGUAA